AGGACAUAAGGAGGGAAACUAAGCUGCUCACGUGACUGUGAAGAAGCAACACAGUGGAUAAAGUUAGGAAAUCCUUUUAUUCUCUGUUCAGUGGGAUUUCUCGGCACUAGUGCAGACGAAGGCUUGUUGUUCAGCCAGACUCGGUAACACCAACGGCUAAACUACAGCUGCAAUCUAUACUCACAUGUAUUUAUAGUUUUAGUAGUGCACAUUACAAGCACGCUAACGUUAGCCGACUAGCCACGCGUAGCUAACUUAAAAUAAGUUUACUGAAACCUCAAGUUAGCUUUGACCUUUGGACCAAAGUUCAACUUUGGCUAAAGGUAGCUAUUUAGUUAGCUAUUUAGUUCUCGUAACUAAAAGAAACAAAGGAAGUGUGUUGCAGUGCUGCUGGGAAUGUCAUCGCUUCCGUUUGGUCGCAGGAGUCAUGAAGGGUCAGCGAACAUAUCAGACAGCGACUCUGAGGACGAGCCCAAGCUCCCCAUCAAUCAGUUUUAUCCAUACAUCCGCUGUGCCCUGUGCUGUGGUUUCCUCAUAGAUGCCACCACCAUCACCGAGUGCCUGCACACAUUUUGCAAAAGCUGCAUUGUGAAGCACUUCUUCCGCAGCAACAGAUGCCCCACAUGCAGCAUUGUGGUCCACCAGACACAACCUCAUUACAACAUCAGGCCUGACCGACAACUACAGGAUAUUGUUUACAAAAUGAUUCCCUUCCUGGAAGAGGCUGAAAGACAACAAAUGUGUAAAUUCUACAAAGAGAGAGGGCUCGAGGUGCCAAAACCAGUGGUGAUGUCCCCCCCAGGUCCUGUUGUGUUGAGGAGACAGAAGAAGGAUAACAUUCCCCAGUCUGUGUUCACCAUUCCUCCUGAGCUGGAUGUGUCUCUGCUCCUGGAGUUUGUUGGGGCUGAAGAGGGCAUCUGCAACUAUAAGCCACUAGAGAGGCGGUAUGUUCGUGUGUCGGGCGAGGCCACCAUUCGCCAUGUGGAGCUGUUCAUCAGGAGGAAGAUGGAGCUGAGCCCAGCAUGUCAGGUGGAUGUGGUUUGUGGAGAUCACCUCCUGGAUCACUACCAGUCACUCAAAGACAUACAGAACUCUGUGGGUGAAGACGCUCUGCAGGACGGUCUGCUGGUGCUACACUUCGGUUUGGUCCUGCCCUCCCAGUCUUGAACAUGAGAGAUGGAUUUAGUUAAUUCCUCAACUGAUAAGCUAUCCUUUUGGACCUGUCUUCAUCAGACUCGUGUCGUAAUGUGGACUUAAGUUUCUACACUGGCAUAACUUCUAAUUAUAACUACUGCAAAACUGUCUUUGAUGAAUUGUUAGAACUGAUAAAACUACUAACGUAAAGGUAGGCCUGCAGAACAUGUGGAGUGUAACAGGAAGUCUAAGAUGCCUGACCUCAUCUGGAAUGAAUUAUCUUUAUCUUAUAUUCAGGACAGUCCUUGUGCCUGACAUGAACUUGAUGGUCACAGGUGACUUAUAUGUGAUUGACUAAAGUACCAGCAUGUACAAAACAAGUUUCAACUGAUGACUGGACUGUAGAGGUUCUUGUUUUUACCGCCAAUGUGACUUUUGAGGUUAACUUUAGUCACAAGAAUGUGACUUCUGCUUUAGUUGAACCUGGAUCGAAUUGAGUCUGAAACUCUUUAAGGUUCAACCAGUAUGUCCAUGAGGGCAGUACGAGCUGCACCUGUCUAGUUUUACUGCCUUUUUGGAAACCAGGGACCUGCAUCUCAGUUAUUUUCUAUUUAUUAUUUCACGGGUAGGAUGUGGUUUGAAAUAGUUAAAGGAUUCGAAGUAAAAGGACUACCACUACCAAAGGUUUGUGAAUGUAUUUAUAUACAGCUUAGAUUUCUACUCUUUUUGCUUCUUAUUGAUUGACACGUUUAAUUUAAGAGCCGUUAACAAUUGUAUAUUGCCUGCUGAUGUUUACUGAUGACACAUGCUUUAGUACUACAGCACAAAGCAAUUGUUUAAAGGGAGUUUGUAUAAAGAGGUCUUUGAUAAGGUUUGUUUAAAAUCUAUUUUCUACUAGCUUUUGUGGCUUUGAAUAAAUAAGUUGCUACAUAACAGAA